AUGCCAGUGCCUGGGGUUCAGCUCUGUUCUCCAAUGCCAAUACUAGAUCUAGAUAAAAGUGAUUCCGAUAAUGAAAAUUUGGAAGAUGAUGUGUUACGCCUCGGAAGUAAUGAUGCAGAUGAUGUAAAUCCGUUGCCUUGCUCAAGUAGGUCUACAGUUGAAGUUAUUCAGAAUAACAGUAGCUCCUCGGAUGAGUCAGAUGACGAAGAAAUAAAACCAAUAGCUUCUAAAAGAAGGAAGAAGAGCAAUCGAAGGAUCCAAAAGGCUGAUGUCGUAUAUAAUUGGGUAGAGGAAGAUUUACCUAAUUUUGAAAAACCUACGUCAGAUGUAAACUUUGGAGAUGAUAAUUAUCAUUAUCCAUUACAGUACUUUUUAGAGUUUUUCUCAUAUGAAUGCAUUGAACUGAUAGUGAAGGAAUCAAAUUUGUAUUGUACUCAAAUGACUGGGAAAAGUCUAGAUACAGAUAACAAAGAAGUUACUAAUUUUAUUGCUAUCCUUAUCUACAUGGGCGUCAUUUCUCUUCCUAGUUACAAAGAUUAUUGGUCGGCUACUCUAAGAAUUGAAUCUAUAGCGAAUGUUAUGUCACUAAGGAGAUUCAAACAAUUACGCAGAUAUAUACACUUCAAUGAUAAUUCUUUAGUUGGCAGUUCUCAAGAUAGGUUUUAUAAAAUUAGACCGCUCUUGGACAUAGUCAACAGAAACUGCUCUAAGUUUGAGAUAGAAAAUCGUUUCUCCAUUGAUGAGACAAUGGUACCGUACAAAGGUACACGGGCAGAUGGCACUGCCAUGCAGUUAGCAGAAAAUGAACUGGCUAUGGGAGUUGGUAGUAGCGUAGUUAUUGCUCUCACUAAAACCAUCCAAAACCCAGCUCACAGCAUUGUGUACUUUGACAAUUAUUUUUCGAGUGUGAACUUAUUUUUAUAUCUAAAGCACAGAUUCAACAUUUAUAGCUUAGGAACUCUUCGGAACAAUAGACUAAAUGGCUGCCAGCUGAUAUCUGAUAAGGAAUUGCUAAAAAAAGGCAGAGGAAAGUAUGACUACAAGUCCACAAACAGGGAAUGCAUAAUUGUCAAAUGGGCUGACAAUAAAUGUGUUUUGAUUGGAAGUACAAUUCAUGGUGUAUCCCCUGAAAAUACGCUUCGUCGAUAUUGCAAAGAAAAAAAAGGUAAAACGAAUAUACCUUGUCCAUCCAUUAUUAUGGAGUACAACAGGCAUAUGGGAGGUGUUGAUAAGUCAAAUUCGCUGGUCGGGCUUUACAGAACUCCUGGUCGUGCUAAGCGGUGGUACUUCCCGAUUUUCGCCUAUAUCAUCGACAUGUGUAUAGUCAACGCAUGGUUACUAUACAAAGAGAACAAUAAAAAUGAAAAGAAGUGUAUGCCCCUAAAAGAAUUUAGAUGUGAUAUUGCAAAGGGCUUGUCCACCACUGGGAAACCGAAACCUGGAAGGCCGGUAUCAUCACCUAAGUCCAAUUCAAUAAUAAUACACCCAGUCGUUCCAAGACCUUCAGAUGUUACCAGAAAGGAUACUGUUGGUCAUUGGCCAGUUCAUACGACAAAGGGAAGAUGCCGAAUGUGCACUACGGGAUUUUCUCGAAUAAUGUGCCGAAAAUGUAUGUGUCGGCUAUGCCUAAAUGAUAAAAAUAAUUGUUUUGUUCAUUUUCAUCUGUGA